GGGAAGAGAGGGUUGAGGCAGGGGGGCUCUGUGCUUCCCCCUGCUGGGGGACAUUAGCAUGCCAGGAGACUGGGGGUGUAUGGGCAGGCGUUGCCCAUAGAUAUCACAAAGUAUUUGUUGUUGGGUGGCAGCUGACACCUGAUUGGUUGGUGAGGAGGAGAGCCUGGUUCUGUUUCCUGUUUAUGGACCGCCCUCGGAAGGCAGAAUGAAGCUCCGGGUGAGAGUCAGAGGUCAGACAGGGCGACUGGAGCUGGAAGAGGAGAAACCAACCUUAGGAGAUCUCCGCAGGAAGCUGUCUGCAUUGUUCCUACCUUCACUGGGGUACAGUUCGGAUGCGGUAUUCACCAUUACUCUGAAUGGCAAGGACGCCCUGACUGAGGAUCAGAAUAGCCUGGAAUCUUGCGGAAUUAUAUCCGGAGAUCUGAUCGUUCUUCGAGUGCCGGACUCAGAGCUUGUUGCAGCAGCUGCAUCAUCAACCGCUCAGCCCACCCUGGAUCAGCGCCAACCCGCCGUCUCUAAUAUAGAGAGUGUCCAGCCUAGCACAAGUCACAGUGACCAGAGAGGUGAUUGGACGUCAGUAACACAGAGCUUACCAGAGAAGCUCAUGGCUAGUUCCUGUCAUGGAGCAGUAUCCGGGAAGGGGGCCACAGUGGAAGAAGAGCUCCCUUGUUGUCUGGCAGAGCCGAUGCUGAUCAGUGAAUCUGUAGAUGGGAAGAUACCGCACUCCCUGGAGUCUCUCUACCUAUCGGCCGGCUGCUCCAGUCCUAACGAUGCUCUGAUGGUGGUCAUCCAUGUACUCAUGGUGGAGACGGGCUACAUUGUUCAAGGUGUUGAAGAAGAGGGUGCAUCUAUGCCCGAGGGCUGGCGGCACAGUGACGGUAUCUACAAGCUUCGAUACGCUCACCCCCUGUGCGGAGACAGUUCUGCUCUUCUGGCCUGCAUGCCUAUGAGCAAGCUUCUUGUUAUCAAUGCUGCUGUGAACAUGAACCAGGGGGUGAAAUGUACGAAGACCCUUCAGCUGCCCACCAAUUCCUUCAUCAACUUCCCAGGACCAGAUAAUAAUGUGAGCUCGGUGUACAGGGACCUUCAGAGGUUAUCGCGCCUCUUCAAGGAUCAGCUUGUCUACCCAUUACUGGCAGCGACACGGCAAGCUCUGGAACUCCCUGAUGUGUUUGGUCUGCUGGUUUUACCGCUGGAACUAAAGCUGCGUAUCUUCCGCCUCCUGGAUGUGCGCUCCCUUUUCUCACUUUCCACCUCUUGUAAAGAUCUACAUGCAGGCACCAGAGACCCCACCCUGUGGAAGUUCUUGUGCAGAAGGGAUUUCCGAGAUAGAACUUCAAGGACCUCACAGACAGACUGGAAGGAGCUGUACAAGGCGAUGUAUAAAGCAAGAUUAAGUCGAUUGUCUUCACAUCACAUUUUCCAGCCACUUCCUCCUCCACCCUACUUACCUAACCCUUUUGUCCCUGACCCAUUCCCACCCAACUUUCCCUAUCCACCUGGCAUCAUUGGAGGUGAAUAUGACGAGCGCCCUAUACUACCCAUUGCUAGAGACCCCCUUUCUCUUUUCGUACCUGGCAGAAGACCAGUCAUGGACCCUUUUCAGCUUGUGAGGCCUCGCAUCAACCCUAAUUUACCAGGCCAUGGUGGCUUCCCGCCAAGGAGGCCAGACAACCGAGGAGCCUUCAUGCCAACAUUCUUCUAAAAGUGGAUUUUCUGCAGGGAGGGCUCAUUUCAUGCCUCCCUCCUUAUUAAGCCUUGGCUGUAGGAUGGCAGAAGUAGUGGUUAAAGCUAUAACUAACACUUGGUUAAAAGAAACCUAAUUAUUGGCUAUUAAAUAUCUAUUAAAGUGUAGGUCCAGACACAUUUUUUUUUUCCAGUUCUGGAAAGAGUGGGUAAAGAUUGUCUGGUGAACCUAGCUAGCAGUAAAAACCUAACAUAUGUUUUAACCCUUCUCCAUAUCUAAACUAAAAAAGUGUGAUUUGCCAAGACAAA